AUGGAUCCCCAAUGCCUACGUAUUCUUUCUCUGGACGGUGGAGGCAUCCGUGGCCUGUCUAGUCUCUUGAUUCUCGAGAAUCUGAUGGAAGGUCUCCGUGAAGCAAAUGGGCUUGACAAAGUUCCAAGACCUUGCGAAUGGUUUGACCUCAUUGGCGGCACCAGCACUGGAGGAAUUAUUGCAAUUAUGCUCGGAAAAUUAGGCAUGACAGUAGACGAUUGUAUCAGAGCGUACAAGAAGGUUGCACAGCAAGCCUUCACCCCCAAGCCGUGGGCGAUUAUCCCAGGUAGACCAAACGGCUCUUUCUCUGCCACACAGCUUGAGGCUGCUAUCAAACAGACAGUCCGAGAGUAUUGCAUCAAUUCCGCGUGCCUCGAACAAAGAAAGCAUGGUGAGACCACGGUUGAAAGUUGUCCUCAUGAAGGCAUGCACUUUCGCGGCGAGUCAUCCACCAAGACAGUCGUACUGGCAAUCACGAAAGAUAAUGUCGAUGCUCUUCCGACUCUGUUCACAACGUAUGACACCUCCGCAAGUCUUGACGGAUGUACCAUCUGGCAAGUCGCCCGAGCUACAUCCGCAGCAACAACAUUCUUCAAGCCGAUCCGUGUUGGCAGGGACGAUAUCGAGUUCAUAGACGCGGGCUUUGGAUACAAUAACCCAUGUGAGGUUCUCAUUGCUGAAGCACAGGCCCAGUUCCCCAAUCGGAAGAAGAUGCAGGUUCUCAGCAUUGGCACCGGCCUUGGAGAUGUCGUGAGUAUCAGCGACACCAGAAAGUCUAUCCUCAAAGCCUUGAAGAGUAUGGCAACUACUUCAAGGAAAGUAGACUCUAGGUUGGUCGAACAAUACAGCGACGAGGGUGUCUAUUUCCGCUUCAAUGUCGACAGAGGACUUGAUGACGUUACGCUUUCGGAUUGGGAAAAGUCAAGCAAAAUCUCUGCUCACACUCGGAAUUACUUGGAGGAGAACAGGAGGGCCACCAGGAGAUUUAUUAACUGUCUGACACAACACAUUGAGGUGAAUCAUGCCACAAUUUCGGCUGAAGUAUCCCAGGAGCCAACUGUCACCACCAAUCAUUGGAUCCCGUUCCCUGAGAACCCAGACUUCAUUGGACGUACAGCCGUCGUCAGAAAACUCAAGGAAAAGCUAUUCGACACAAACCGUCGCAGAAAGGUUGCACUGGUCGGUCUCGGUGGGAUGGGGAAAACACAAAUAGCCCUUCAUCUGGCUUAUUCGGCAACUACACUUCAGCAAGGCUGGUCCGUUUUCUGGCUGCCAGCCUUCAGUAUGGCCGGAUUUGAACAAGAAUGCGCAAAGCUUGUCAAGAAUCUUGGCAUUCAGUACUCGGAGAGCGAAGAUGUCAAAGAGGUUUUACAACGAUAUCUCAAUUCGGGGAGAAUUGGCAGGUGGUUUCUGAUUAUCGACAAUGCAGAUGAUCUGGAGAUUCUCAACCCAUCCGAUGGCACUGCCAAAGGCAUUUUCGACUUUAUACCAAACCACGUUGAUGGACGGAUCUUAUUCACCACUCGUUUUAGGCGGGUGGCUGUGGCGGCAGCGAAGAACGAGGUGGUGAAACUAUCUGAGAUGGACUUCGAAGAAGCCUCGGAAUUGCUCCAAGCAUCCUUCAUCAAAGAUGAUGGAUUCUGGGCCGAAGAAAUGCGGCAUGAAGCGACUAUUAUCAGGCUGCUCAACAUCCUUACAUAUCUUCCCCUGGCGAUUACACAAGCAACAGCAUACAUGAACACAAACCAGACGUCUAUAAAAGACUACCUUAAGCUUUUCGAACACACAGACAGGAAGAAUACCAUGGAGCUCCUCGAGCAUGGACAGGAUGAUGAGACCUACUACGAUAAGUCACAAAGUGCUGUGGCUACGACUUGGACCGUAUCUUUCAACCGCAUCCGCAGCUCUAACCCAAAGGCAGCUGAUAUACUUUCAUUUAUGUCUACUAUUGAGCCAAAGGCAAUUCCUCGAUCUCUACUCCCAGUCCCUGAGACAGAACAACAGCUAGAGCAAGCGAUCGGGACACUUCUCGGAUAUGGUUUUUUGACUCGAAGAGGUCAGGAAGCAAUAUACGACAUACACAGACUAGUACAUUUAGCGGCACUGAGAUGGAAUGAAGAGGGCCAAUAUGCGCAGGACGUUCAACAGCUGGCCCUCGCACACGUUGCUAAGAUAUUUCCAUAUUAUGAAUGGGAGAAUCGAGAGUUCUAUCGGCAGUACCUACCACAUGCUCAAAGGCUUCUUGAUAUCACUGAUGGCAUCGAGAACGAGGCUGCAUGUAUGCUUGGAUACAAUGUCGGCACAUGUCUGUUGGCAGAAGGACAGAGAGAAAGAGCUAUUCACAGGUUGAAGCAUGUGGACAUGGUUCAAAGACACAUAUUCCCAGACAAUCAUGUCAAUCAGUUGUUAACACAGCGACGGCUUGCAAAUGCAUAUGUUGAGAAUGGGCAACUUGAAAAGGGAAAACGGCUUCUUGAAUACGUGGUUAAAAUUGAAAAAGGAAUACUUAAAGAAGAUGAUUCGAAUCGACCCACAUCAAAAAGGUUGCUUGCAAACGCAUAUUUAAAGAAUGGGCAAAUUCGGGAGGCAAUUGGACUCCUGGAGGAGAUCGCGUCGUCGAUUCAAGGGAAGCCAGCAGAGGACAACGGGGAACGACUAAUCUCACAGCACCAGCUUGGAGUAGCAUAUCUUGAAAAUGGACAAAUCAAAGAGGCACUAGAGCUACUAAAGUAUGUGGUCGCAAGGAAGAAGGAAACACUACCUGAGGAUCAUCCUGAGCAGCUAGUAUCACUGCAUGAGCUUGGGAGGGCAUAUCUCAGCAAUGGGCAGAGCAAAGAGGCAAUAGAGCUACUAGAGUUUGUGGUCGCAAGGAAGAAGGAAACACUACCUGAGGAUCAUCCUGAGCAGCUAGUAUCACUACAUGAGCUUGCAAGUGCAUAUCUCAGUAAUAGGCAGAGCAAAGAGGCAAUAGAGCUACUAGAGUUUGUGGUCGCAAGGAAGAAGGAAACACUACCUGAGGAUCAUCCUGAGCAGCUAGUAUCACUGCAUGAGCUUGCAAGUGCAUAUCUCAGCAAUAGGCAGACCAACAAGGCAAUAGAGCUAUUAGAGUUUGUGGUCUUAAGGGAGAAGGAUACUUUACCGAAGGAUCAUCCCGGUCAACUAACAUCACUGCACAACCUUGCAAGUGCAUAUCUCGACAAUAGGCAGAUCAAUAAGGCGAUAGAGCUACUAGAGUUUGUGGUCGCGAGGAGUAAGGAAAUAUUACCGAAGGAUCAUCCCGGUCAACUAACAUCACUACACAACCUUGCAAGUGCAUAUCUCAACAAUGGGCAGAUUAAUAAGGCGAUAGAGCUACUAGAGUUUGUAGUCACGAGGAGUAAGGAAAUAUUACCGAAGGAUCAUCCCGGUCAACUAACAUCACUACACAACCUUGCAAGUGCAUAUCUCGACAAUGGGCAGAUCAAUAAGGCGAUAGAGCUACUAGAGGGUAAAAACAAGGCCGAGGACAGCGACUUCAGACACGAGAACGCGUCGACGAGUAUACCUGCACAAGAAGGCAAUGUGACCCGACAAGUUGACGACUUCGCGCCACCCACGCGUCUGACUGGCAAAGAUCGUAGACAAGGAAGGCGGAGCCAAGAAAGGCGGAAAAGACUCGCGGAAAUGGAAGUAUCGACAAACGGCGAGCCUUCUUCCACUCAGCGCAAAAAGACAAAAACAGCCCUCCUGAACAGUGACCUGAUUGACGAUUUGCAGAGCGUCAUUGGAUCCACCGGUUCAGCUAUGAAUGAAUACAUCAUCCGACCUGUUGGCGCAGAGGACACGGACCUUGCGGUUAAAGAUUGUACUCAGCUCUUUAAGAACAGUCACGGUGUUCACUUCGUUAUCAGGGUUAUCCAUUGGCUGCGGAAAGACCCGAUAAAUGCAGUAGUAUGGAAUGCUCUGGAGGGAAAAGAGUUGAAGGAGGCUCUUAUGAGGUCGUUGUAA